AUGUAGCGUACAUUCGACAGUUAACAGAUGAAGAAAUGUCUUGUUUUUUUAGUUAACAAUUGCAUAGAAUGCUCAUUGAUUAUGCAAAUUUAUGGUUACAUAUACAGUUUAUACGAGUUUGAAGAACAUUUCUUCCGCCAGUUAGGCAUAACUGAAAUUAUCAUCUCUUUAUUGUUUACAAGAGUGUUUACGGCAUUAAAUAACCGCUGUGAGAGCCUGGCUAUUAUCUGAUAGUGGAAAACCGAAAUAACCUUAACCCUCUCGAGCAU